AAUGUGUUCUGUCCCGUCAUUCAGCUCCAGUUUCCCUCCCGGUUCGGUUCGGUUCUGUUCGGCGCAUGGAGCCGCAGUCUGACCCACUCAGCUGACCUUCCAGUUUGUUCCGGACCGUUCAUGGACGUCCAGCCCAGUGGAGCCGCCCAGCUGCUGCUGCUGCUGCUCGGCAUCGGCUGCUGCUGCUGCACCGACCCGGACAGAAAAGUGUGCCAGGGGACGAGCAACCAGAUGACCAUGCUGGACAAUCACUACAGCAAAAUGAAGACCAUGUACUCCGGCUGCAACGUGGUUCUGGAGAACCUGGAGAUCACCUACACCCAGGAGCAGCAGGACCUGUCCUUCCUGCAGUCCAUCCAGGAAGUCGGGGGUUACGUCCUGAUCGCCAUGAAUGAGGUGUCCACCAUCCCACUGGUCAACCUGCGUCUGAUCCGGGGACAGAACCUCUACGACGGCAGCUUCACCCUGCUGGUCAUGUCCAACUACCAAAACCCAUCAUCACCGGACGUUUACCAGGUUGGCCUGAAGCAUCUGCAGCUCAGCAAUCUGACCGAGAUUCUGUCAGGCGGAGUGAGGGUCAGCCACAACCCCCUGCUGUGCAACAUGGAAACCAUCAACUGGUGGGACAUCGUGGAUAAAAGCAGCAAUCCCACCAUGAACAUCGUACCACACGGGUUUGAGCGCCAAUGUCAGAAGUGUGACCCUGGCUGUGUUAACGGGUCGUGUUGGGCACCCGGACCGGGUCACUGCCAGAAAUUCACCAAGCUGCCGUGUGCCGAGCAGUGCAGCAGGAGAUGCCGCGGCCCCAAACCCAUCGACUGCUGCAACGAACACUGUGCUGCGGGCUGCACCGGACCCAGAGCCACUGACUGUCUGGCCUGCAGGGACUUCAACGAUGAUGGAACCUGUAAGGACACCUGUCCUCCGCCAAAAGUCUAUGACCGCACCAGCCACCAGGUGGUGGACAACCCCAACACCAAGUACACUUUCGGAGCCGCUUGUGUCAAAGAAUGUCCUAGUAACUACGUGGUGACGGAGGGUGCAUGCGUUCGCUCUUGCAGUGCAGGAAUGCUUGAGGUAGAUGAGAAUGGCAAACGGAGCUGCAAGCCAUGCGACGGAGUCUGUCCCAAAGUGUGUGAUGGGAUUGGAAUCGGGUCUCUAAUCAACACUAUUGCUGUCAAUUCAACCAACAUCGGAUCCUUCAUGAACUGCACCAAGAUCAACGGCGACAUCAUCCUCAACAAGAACUCCUUUGAAGGGGAUCCGCAUUACAAAGUCGGGCCGAUGGAUCCGGAGUAUCUGUGGAACUUGACGACAGUGAAGGAAAUUACUGGUUACCUGAUGAUCAUGUGGUGGCCUGAAAACAUGACGUCUCUGUUGGUGUUCCAGAACCUGGAAAUUAUCAGAGGAAGAACUACGUUUUCCAGAGGGUUCAGCUUUGUGGUGGUUCAGGUGAGUCACCUGCAGUGGCUCGGUCUGCGCUCCCUGAAGGAGGUGAGCGCUGGGAAUGUGAUCCUGAAGGACACGCCGGCGCUGCGCUACGCCAACACCAUCAACUGGAGGCGCUUGUUCCGAUCUGAGGACCAGACCAUAGUGAAUGACGGCAGUAGUGGGAAUCAAACCUGCGACAGCGAGUGCUCAGAGGAUGGCUGCUGGGGCCCGGGGCCCACAAUGUGUGUCUCCUGUCUGCAUGUGGACAGAGGGGGGCGCUGUGUGGCAUCCUGCAACCAGCUGCAGGGUGAACCCAGAGAGGCCCAGGUGGACGGCAGGUGUGUUCAGUGUCACCAGGAGUGUUUGCUGCAGACUGACAGUCUGACCUGCUACGGCCCGGGGCCAGCCAACUGCUCCAAGUGUGCGCACUUUCAAGAUGGCCACCAGUGCAUCCCUCGGUGCCCCCAUGGCAUGAUGGGAGACGGAGACACUCUGAUCUGGAAAUAUGCGGAUAAGAUGGGCCAAUGCCAGCCUUGUCAUCAGAACUGCACCCAGGGGUGUUCUGGUCCUGGACUGUCUGGAUGUAAGGGUAAAACUACCGCUCACUCCUCUCUGGCAGUGGGUGUGGUCAGCGGACUCCUGAUCACUGUAAUUGUGACGCUGCUCAUUCUGGUUCUACUGAGGCGCCGGCGAAUCAGACGGAAGAGGACGAUACGGCGCCUGCUCCAAGAGAAGGAGCUGGUGGAGCCGUUGACUCCGAGCGGUCAGGCUCCCAAUCAGGCCUUCCUGAGGAUCCUGAAGGAGACGGAGUUCAAGAAGGACCGAGUUCUGGGCUCUGGGGCCUUUGGGACGGUCUACAAGGGUUUAUGGAACCCAGAAGGAGAAAACAUCCGGAUCCCAGUCGCUAUCAAAGUUCUGAGAGAGGCUACAUCACCGAAAGUCAACCAGGAAGUUCUGGACGAGGCGUACGUGAUGGCGAGCGUGGACCAUCCUCACGUCUGCCGCCUGCUGGGCAUCUGCCUGACGUCGGCCGUGCAGCUGGUGACGCAGCUGAUGCCGUACGGCUGCCUGCUGGACUACGUCCGGCAGCACCAGGAGCGGAUCUGCGGCCAGUGGCUGCUGAACUGGUGUGUUCAGAUCGCCAAGGGGAUGAACUACCUGGAAGAGCGCCACCUGGUGCACCGCGACCUGGCGGCCCGGAACGUCCUGCUGAAAAACCCCAACCACGUCAAGAUCACAGACUUCGGCUUGUCCAAGCUGCUGACGGCCGACGAGAAGGAAUACCACGCGGACGGAGGAAAGGUUCCCAUCAAGUGGAUGGCGUUGGAGUCGAUCCUCCAGUGGACCUACACCCAUCAGAGCGACGUGUGGAGCUACGGUGUGACUGUUUGGGAGUUGAUGACGUUCGGAUCCAAACCGUACGACAGCAUCCCGGCCAAAGACAUCGUCGUGCUGGAGAACGGGGAGCGGCUGCCGCAGCCUCCCAUCUGCACCAUCGAGGUCUACAUGAUCAUCCUGAAGUGCUGGAUGAUCGACCCGUCCAGCAGACCCAGGUUCAGAGAGCUGGUGGGCGAGUUCUCCCAGAUGGCCCGGGACCCGUCCAGGUACCUGGUCAUACAGGGAAACCUGCCGAAUCCGUCUGAUCGGAGGCUUUUCUCCCGCCUGCUGAGCUCUGAUGACGACGUGGUCGACGCCGAUGAAUACCUGCUGCCGUACAAACGGAUAAACCGGCAGGGCAGCAAGCCCUGCAUCCCACGAACACUGAUCCAUCUGAACGGUGUGUUUGUUCAGAACGGCCAUCCGCUGAGAGAGAACAGCAUCGUUCUCCGGUACAUCUCCGACCCGACCGAGAACGCCCUGGAGAAAGACCUGGACGGUCACGAAUACGUUAACCAGCCUGGGAGUGAAACCAGCAGCAGGCUGUCUGAUAUCUACAAUCCCAACUACGAAGACCUGACGGAGGGCUGGGGCCCCGUGUUGCUGAGCUCCCAGGAGGCAGAGACCACCUUCUCCAGACCAGAGUACCUGAACACCAACCAAAACUCGCUGGCCCUGGUGUCCAGUGGCAGCAUGGACGACCCCGACUACCAGGCCGGCUACCAGGCCGCCUUCCCACCGCAGACUGGAGCGCUCACUGGGAACGGCAUGUUCCUCCCUGCAGCAGAGAACCUGGAGUACCUGGGACUGGGAGGCGCACUGUACACUCCUGUCCGCUAGGGGCAGCAGCGCUCAGCCUGAAGCUGUGGCUUUGCUCAGAUAAACUGUGUUCUGUUUUUAAUUGGACCAACAACUGUCAGUUCUCCAGAGGAACUGAAACAGAACAAGAACUUCUUGUCCCUUCAGGCAAAGGUCCAACCUUUGGCUCUAAGCUGAUUGGAUGAACCCAUCUGGAAAAUGGAGCCAAACAUUACCCAGCAUCAUGCUGGGUAAUGUUUAUCUGUUACAGUUUAUCUGUUUUUUACAGAUAAACUGUAAAAACAUAAGCUAAUUCAGGCUACCUUACAUGUGGGUUCGUAUGCUGCAGGACGAUGCAGGUGUUUCAAUCCUGGGCGCUUCUGCUUCCAACAUUUACUGCCGUGAACUGAAAAUAUUUGAGAUUUCUGAAGAUAUGCUUUUACUGUCAGUCAACAUAAUGUCUGCAACCUUAAAUUUUUCAGAAAAAGCAAAAAUGGGUUGAAACUGGAUUCCCAGGUCACACUGCUGUACUCCAGAUAUUUAUAACUGCCAUUUUGUAAAAAGGAAAAACUAAAUCUGCAUUUACACAAUUCGUUAGUUUCCUAUCAAAACAAUUUUAUACAAGUCCUGCAAAAGCAGGUGGGAAUAAAAUUAAGCUUACUAAAAUUGACAUUUUGUUGAAGACCACGUUGGGUGAACAAUAGAACACAAACGGUUCUGUUUUGUAGAUUGUAGAAGGACGGAGGAGGACAUGUCCAACAUGUUGCUUGAUCCUCUUUGGGCAUCACGUCCUCACAGUUACAUCAGUUUUAAAAUAUCGCACCAAAAUCUGUGUGCAUGUCAACAGGAGGUGGAGACGAAGUGGAAAAAUAUACAUUUUACCAACCAUCAGAGUUGGUGGGGAGAUUUUAACUAAAUUUUAAAAAAUUAUUCAGUAGUCUGGAAUAAUCUAAACUUGAUUUAAAUGUAAACAAAUCUUUUACUUGUGUUGUCAACAUGGAGGCAGACUGUAGGGGGCAGUGUUUACCGUGUUCAUGCUGCGUUUUAGACGUUCUAACUCGGGAUUUUGAGACAUCGCAUUCUGCUAGCGCUUUUCUGAUCUGCAACUCAGAGAAUUCACUUCUCCUUCUCCAGGCUAACUUCUGUUAUUUCUCACUGACAGGUUUACAGCAAGUUACGCAAUGUGUUUGACGAAUUUGAUUUGAAAUUUGUCAUGUGACUUAGUAAGGUGGCAGCCAUAUUGGAUUUUCACAUUCCAAGUCAAAACUUGAAGAACAGUUCCAAGUUAGUUCUUUUGAAAAUUAAUGAGGCAAAUAGAAAGCACGCAGAACUGCUCCCCCUGCUGGUACUGCCGGGGUUCUACAAUAAAACACAAAUCCCACAAAGAAUAGGUCAGUUUCUUGUUAAUAAUGACAUGUUUAUUCUACUAUUAUUGUACUAUGGUGUUUCUGUAAAUGUAACUUUAAAUGCGUUCAAGUGAGAAAGCGUGUGUAACUCAGUGAAUUUUAAGUUCAGCUCUGGACGGAACCAGUCCAGAACCUGCAGGUCCUCACUGAGGAACACAGGUCAGCUAAACUUCACAGAACCAUUUCAGUCCAAACUGUAGCACAAGGAGAACCUCCUCUUGUUGUCUGACUUGAAAUAUUCACUGCUGAUUGUUGAUGUUGUUGAAUUCUUGCUUUACUUGACACAAAUGAGCCAAAUCUUGACGUCCUGCUGCUGGACAUUAAUGCUAUUCUCUGUUUUCAAUGUUUAUUGAUAAAAAAAAAAACAAAGUUACGUUUCUGACUGUG